UACAGUUGCUGUUGAUCCUACCUGUGGUAUUUUCAGCCCAGUCCCGAUGGACAGAUUCCAAGGCACUUCCUCAUAGGACAAAUGGAUUCUCUUGUGGGAGUCGAGGGACCGCUGCUUUAGGGAGCAGUUCUCUAGCUGCUUUAACAAUAUGGGCCAUGGUAGCCAAGGUGUGAUGUUUUAGGGCAGGCAGUAGGUUAGGCAGCUGGGCUGCCAUGCACUGUGCAAUGGUGGUGUCUCUCGGUAGCUCUGUUGUCAGACUUGGGAGUAGCAAUCCUACCUCUGAUGCCCAGUCAGUAAUUGAGCUACACUGGCUGCUCAGCUCAUUCUACUAGGUGGGUAGGGUAGGGCAGAUGGCUUGAAACCUGCUUUCUCUUCUGUCUUCGUCCCUGUGAUGUAGUAGAUGGUCUCCCUUGUCUCAGCCUCCUGCGUUAUCUCAAGGAAUGAGUGUUUAUUAGUGGCUAGAUUAAUUGCAAGGGGCUGACUUGGGAGAUGGUGAAGCUUUAUCCCUAGCCAUGCCCUGGUAGUGGCUUAAAUAAGUAAGCAGAUGGUCCUUACCUGUUUGUUCACGGGCAUCUUUGAGAAUCUUAAGGCGUUUGGAGUCCGUGGUGUGAGCCCAGUACACAUGGCACAAGUACACACACCUGCCCAUGACUUCACAGUUUGUGGACACUCUCACUUCACAGUGGAUCCCAGCUCAGGCCUUGCUGUAGAGGACAUGGCCUAAGCAGUAACCUGCACUGGCUAAUGCUACAGUCCUCCCCGGUCCCUGGUUUUUCAGAUUCAUGCUUUCUACUUUUGCUUGACAAGUGUGUUUCACGAGUGUAAGGCACAGGGUCCCCAAUGCUCUUGUGCUAGCUGGGAAGCCAGUAAGGAGCCCUGAUCCAUGAGUACCGCCAAGUGAGUGGUGACCCUGUGUUGGGGGCCAAGAAACUGAGGUGGGGAUAAAGUCUUUCCUUGGCUCUAGGUCUGCUAGGCUCCAUCUGGCAUCUACUCUCUACUCCCCUAAGCCCUGGUCCCCAUUUCUCUCUGCCCACUUCUUCAUCUAAACGAAUUGGACAUGACCAUUAUUCUCCGAUCUUUUAUUGAGCGCCAGCUUUGUAGGGAGAACUAUUUCACAUGUGAAGGGUAAGCAAUGUCUGUACUGGCAAAGGGUCAUGAUCUCUCUCGAUCAGUUCAUAUGUUCAUGGCCCGGGAAAGAAGAAUAUGGGCAGAACUGUGUGUGGCAGGCAAGCUCUCAGUUACGGUGUGCUUCGUUUUCCUGUGGCCCACUUCUCACCUGUGUGUACUGUCUCCUACACCCCCAACCCGGCGUACACCCUCUGGUGUGCAGAGGAUGAAUAUGCGCCAUUCCAGGGGGAUCCUAGGGACAGAGGUACAGUUCUCAUGGAAGAAGGGGUGUGGUCACUGGUGAUGUGUGUGUGUGUGAGUGUGUGUGUCUGUCUGAGUGUGUCUAUGUGUGUGUGUGAGUGUGUCUCUGUGUGUGAGUGUGUGUGUGUCUGUCUGAGUGUAUCUAUGUGUAUGUGAGUGUGCCCUCGUGAGUGUGUUUGUGUGUGUGUGUCUGUGUGUGUGAGUGUGUGUGUCUAUGUGUGUGUGAGUGUGUCUGUGUGUGAGUGUGUGUGUGAGUGCGUCUGUGUGUCUCUGUGUGUGUGAGCAUGUGUAUAUGUGUGUGAGUGUAUAUAUGUGUCUGUGUAUGUGAUUGUGUGUGUGAGUGUGUGUGUGUAUGAGUGUGUCUGUGUGUGAGUGUGUAUGUGUGAGUGUGUCUGUGUGUGCAUGAGUGUGUGUGUGAGUGUGUGUGUUGGGUGAAGAGGUGAGGAGGUGGGUGAUUUUAGGGGAUAAAAAGAUAGUUAUAUGGCUGAUGAAAGGAACCCCAGAGAACUAGGGACUAAAAUCAAGCUCUUUCCUCUAAUACUGUCUUGGGUUAGAGAGCAGGACAUAGAGCAUCUAUAUCUGCUCGAUCUCCCUGGCCUCUAAUACUGUCUUGGGUUAGAGAGCAGGACAUAGAGCAUCUAUAUCUGCUCGAUCUCCCUGGGCUACCUGGCCUGGCCCUGAACACCACCUUCGCCAUUGGCCUUGCCCAUGACUGUGUUUAUUCUGGCACAGGCUAUCUCAUUCCCACCUGCUACCCUGCUAGUCCUGCCUGACUGAUCUUUAUGGUUCAGACUUCCAUUCUGUUUGGACUACUCUCGGAAGUGUGCCCACAGCACAGUGCCUGCCGUUCCUCCCUUACCUGUGGUACCUUGCGAUAGCCCUGCAGGUGAGUCCAGCUGGUCAGGCUUCUCUGGGGAGAGUGAGUCACAGAUUUUCGAGCCUGUGCCUCUGUCCUUCCGAGUCCACAGCAGAGCUGCCUUCCCCAGAUUCUCAUCCCCUCUCAGAGACCAGAGAGGAUGGAACCACAUCUUCCUCAGUACCUAGGGCUUUACAUACGAUGUCACACCCGAUGCCAUCCUCUGGAUCCUUUUUUUUUUUUUUUAAAUAUAUGUGUGUGUGUGUGUGUGUGUGUGUGUGUGUGUGUAGCUAGGCCGUAGAGGCUGUGAGGGUGAAAUAUAAUCAGCCAACACAUUUUGACUCUGUUGCCUUGGGCAAAUUACUAAGUCUUUUUUGAGUCUCAGUUUCCAGCUCUACAAAAAUGAGAUCAGUGCUCAGAUGAAUGGUGUCUUAACAGUCAAGGGGAACUAAGAACAAGAAACAACUCUGUAGAGUGUACAAGAACAACUAGCGUUUAGAGUGAAAAUAGAGUGUUCUAAUCUACUUUUCUCUGUCAGCCCAUCCAGAACUGUGGAGAAGAUUCCAGCAAUGACUGUGAGUCUGAUGCUGUGUCUCCCCACGUGUGAUAGAAAGAUCCCAGGCUUCUACCAGCUUCUGGGAUCUUUGAUGCAGGAUGAUGGUGUAGGCCGGAGGUUUAUAUCCAUCGCAUAGUGGGGCUGCCCUCCCUUGGAGAGCAGGGCCUUCAGAAUGUAUGCAUCUAGGCUCUGCUUGCUGGCCCUGCAUCGUAGUACAUUGCUGAUUGCCCUUUAUGUUUCAAGACUGGGGUACCCCAGAAUCUGGGUGUCUGGACCCAGCAAUGGUGUACCUUCAGGGACAAUCCCUUCUGUUCUAAGAGAGAAGGAUCAACACUCUGCCCAGUCCCUGCAGGCCAGAAAACAACUGGGACUCACCUUUCACCUCUGCGGCCAGAGCUCAAAUAGGGCUUUGCAGAGGAAAUGCCUUUCUGACCUGCCCAGCCCGCCCUGACCAGGCAAGCUGGACUCUUGGCUCCCGGUUCCACCUAGGCCUGAGCCUCUGCAGUACUCAGAACCUCGGUUUCUCUACUAAUAGCAUGGGAAUGUGGUUGAACCAUCUGACUCCUCUUGGAUUCUUAGCUCUGCCUGGUGUUUGUCUUGGGAUGGUGCUCCAGAUAGAAAGCUGUGGCAGUUAUAAAGACAGGCUGGGGGACAGUGGAGGCCUGGGCCUUCAGCCUUGCUCUGGCCAUGGAUCUAUUAGGAAAGGCUUAUCUGUGACCCUUGGUGGCAUCUGGGAGUAUUGAGCUGCCACGGAGUGGGGGUGGCUUGCUCAGAGGCCUUUGGCUGUUUGGGGAGACCUGAGGGUCUGUCAUGAGUCUAGGAGUACGGCCAUAGUCCUGGGAAGAGAACUAUUUAGGGGUGUAAUUAGUGUAGUUUUGGCAUCCACCAAACUUCCCCUUCCUCUUAAAACAGUCUUGAAGGCUGUGGUCUUGUUUAAAUCCUAUCCAGCAAAAAUGAAAGAAAGGAAGAGGGAGGGGGAAGAGAGGAGGGCUGUUAUUUUGUGAAAUUGCAUUUCCCAGCCGUGAGCAUGAGUCACGGGGUUUGGAGCUUUGGAUUUCUUGUUUGGAUAAACUUCUCUCUAAGAGGCCAGGGCUGUGUUGUCCUCAGUCAGGCCAGUUUGGGAUGAUGGAGUCGGCCGGUGGCUUCCCGGCACAGGACAGGUCUCCCAGUCAAGAUGUAGAGUGACCCAGGAGUUGGUGCUCUGAGGCCAGUGAAGGAAGUGGCUGCUGCUGCCCCAAUUUUCCAGGGUAGGGGGUCAGGACUGGCAAAUCGCUGUCCAGUGGAUUCUGAGUUUGGGCUUGGGGAGGUGGAGGACCCUGGAGGUGGGUGGUGGUGGCCACUGUGUCUUAGUGAGGCUCUAUGCUCAGUGCCACGGAACUGAACACUUUAAAGUCAUUAAACUGGUAACUGCCAUUAUGGAUAUUUGGUCACACACAAAAAAAUAGGCUUUUGGUCCCAAGCCACUGCUGUGGUGACCCUGAGGUGGAGCCCAGAAGACUGUUUUUGUUGCUCGUUUCCAAGUCACUCAAUACAAGUUUUUUUUUUUUCUCCCUCUCCCCUCAAUACAAGUUUUAAAUGCUCAUUUCGUGUGUGAAGUAGUAGGCAGUGACUCACAGGGGAUGACGAGUAGCAGCUGUCUUAGUAAGUGCACCAUUCCUAGGUUUGGCCUGUCACCAUAGCCACCUUGUCUGAUUUCCACCAAAGCUGUCCUCCCGUGUGCUUCAGAAAGUGACCCUGUCAUCUCAUUGCCUCCAGGACGGGAGCCAUUGCCCCUCAGGGGAUCACUUCAUCCUGGGCUUGCCCAAGUGCUAAAGAGUUGGUUCAGACCACAUGCAGGCUGGUGCCGGGGUGCUCUGUCUUGGGUUUUGUGCUACACCAGAUGGAUUCAUGUGAUCCUGACUGCAGGAAGGAUGCUAUCCCUGGGCCACCCCAGACGCUGAGCAGCAGUGUGUAUAGGAACGCUUCACCCUAUGGCUCCCUCAACAACAUUGCUGAUGGCCUCAGCUCCCUCACAGAGCAUUUCUCGGAUCUGACGCUCACCUCUGAAGCCCGCAAACCCAGCAAACGGCCUCCUCCGAACUACCUGUGCCACCUGUGUUUCAACAAAGGACACUACAUUAAGGAUUGCCCUCAGGCACGCCCCAAAGGUGAGGGUCUGACACCGUACCAAGGCAAGAAGCGCUGCUUUGGCGAGUACAAGUGCCCAAAAUGCAAGAGAAAAUGGAUGAGCGGAAACUCCUGGGCCAACAUGGGGCAGGAGUGCAUCAAGUGCCACAUCAACGUGUACCCACACAAGCAGAGACCCCUGGAGAAACCUGAUGGCCUGGACGUGUCUGACCAGAGCAAGGAGCACCCUCAACACCUCUGCGAAAAGUGCAAGGUCCUGGGCUACUACUGUCGUCGUGUGCAGUGACCUUGGCCACCACUGUAGCACCCCUCAGCUGCCACCUCCCUGUGCUGCCCAAAGGGCUGAAUGUCCCCAUCCUCAAGGAGAUGUCACAAGCCUGUGGCUUACACAGAGGAGACUUGUGCCCUUGUCUCACGUGCUGACAGAGCAGCCGACAUGCUCCCAACAGGGUGCAGAGACAGGAGGAUCAGGGACUCUUCACCAUAGGCCUGGGCUCCGUAGGAGGCCAGAGGCCAGCAGAGGUCUUGAUGUUCCUGCAAGCUCUCUUCCUGAGUGUCUCUGGGGCAAGCAACCUUGCAUGUGACACCAGUACACUAAGUGAACUGUGAAUCCCAAGGCCUGUGGGAAGUUCUCCCUCCAAGACCAGCCAGGCCCUCUCCUACCCAGCACCUUGCAGCUUGCCUCCUAUGAAAAACCACUCUAGGAAGCCCCAUGCCAUUCCUGAUCUGUAGCCACAGGGCAGUCACUUGUUCUAGCAGCUGCUGAGGAGAGGCCUUCUGAGUGGCCUUCUGUCCCUGCCCACACUGAGUCUCAAAUCUGAGCAGCCCUGACAUCACCGCAUUGCACCUGGUAGCUAAACCCAGCCUCCCUCCGCCAAUGGGACAGGCAGGCAGAGGGUGAGCCCAGGGGGAGACUGAACAGUAACCAGUGUGCCAAGACAUCCUAGGGACAUCAGGCAUCACCACUUCCCAUGAUGCCCCGAGACUGUCCUGUAGGUUUGGGUUCUGUCAGCUGCUCUCUCUUUACCCCUAGCCUUCACCCAUGUUCGAGAUGCCACCCCGCAAAAGCCCGUAAAAGGCACGAAGGAUGCAGGCCUUGGCAUUCUGGAGCCACUUUCUGCCAUUUGGGGCAAGGACAUCUCCAGCCUUAAUUUCCCCAUUAGUUAAGUGACAAAGUGCCACCAGAAAGCAGGAGGUCCCAGUGAUCUCUGACGUUCUAGAAGAGAGCUGGCUGCCUCUGGAACACAGAGUGUCACUGGGGGGUGAUCUGCCUUUAGAGAUCCAGGUGCACUGCCCUCCAGCCUCUGUUCUGAAAGUCACUUAGGAUGUCAGGCUGAAUGAUGCCAGGUCCUCUCCUAUAGUCCUCCUUGCCUGGUGUUCCCAUCCCCCAAGAAGAUGAUUCCUCCUCUUCCUCCUCUUCCUCCUCAGCCCCUCACAUGGGCAAGCCUAAAAUGAGCCACAGAACCUCUCCUUUGGAAACUGGAGAUAGUGAUUUCCUACUUCCUAAGGAGGCAGAGAGAGAUUUCCUGGCAUGUCACAUGGUCCCAGGGGUGGGGCUGUCGUCCUGGCCAGGGUCAGCAGUGCACCCCCUACCCUGUGACAAGCUGAAUUUCUCUUAUCUUUCUCUUCUUCACCAGCUGUCAGGACUGAGUUGCUUGACUUUGCCCUACACUAUGCUUCUAUGGAGAGAGAGAGAAAAAAAAUCAGACCAUGAAAUAGGCCUGAAAUUCAGUGUUUACAUAUGGUGCCCAGCUGCCCUUUGUUUUCAAAUGAAAAUGUCUUGUACGACUGAGGAGUCAUGUGAAGUGUUAAGCGAGGGUCCAGGGGUUAAGUGGAAGAGAUGGCCGUGUGUCUGCAGCAGCUAGUUGCAGGGUGGAUUGUGGGAGAACGUACCCUCUCAGCACUUAGCAAAGGUAUACCCAGACUUACAGCAGUGUGGUGGCCCAGACUGCUUCCACCCGCUGCCCUCAAAUGGUGGCAUGCUGGGCUGCAGACGGUGAGCACCCAGCACCAAGGGUUUCCCAGUCUUGCUGCUGCACUAGGGCUGCCUCCGUGCCAAGCUUCCUGUCGCUUGGAAAGGACCUUUUCUGUCAGGCAUCCCACCGGGGGCCCUAAAGAGAAUGUCACAACAAUGGACAGUGUACCUGUGUCCCAAACGGGGACAAGUCGGGAAUAGGUAAACUGAGUCAAAAAUGCAAAGAGCUAGUGACAGUCUUCAGACAGCCAGGGCCAGUAGAAGGUUAGCUAUCAGCCUAAAGAGACAUUUUGGUCACUAGACUGAUGUCUGUGCACAGCCAGGCCCCUCUCACCCCAGGCAGUCUCUUCCUGGCCCUGCUUUGCAAUGCUUUGGCUGAACUUGUGACCUUCCUGAGGCUAGCAAAAGAUACCACUAUUAAGACUGGGUGUUGGAAGACUUAAUGCUCAGAGGGCCUAGGAGCCCAGGGGACAAGAAAGUGUGUGGUUGUAGUACAUUCAAAAGGGACAAUCGCUUGCAGUCAGUAGAUCUAGUGAUCUAGUUGAGAGAGAACGGCGUUUACCCCAUAUGAAGUAUUCAGUAGCUCUACUUGUGAAUUUGUAUUUAUUUUGAGUUAUACUUGACACGGAAUUCUUUUUUUUUUAAAUGCUAUGUGUGUAUUUUGGGGAAAAAAAUUCAUAGAUGUUAAAAUUUCUGCAUGGUUACCAGGUUUUCUUUGGACGUGGAACUUGGUGGCCUCCCCCUCCAACCCCCAAAUUUCUUCAUAGGGAUUUUUGUUUGUAUAUAUUUGAGGGUCUUUUUUUAAAAAAGAAAAAUGUGAUGGCUUGACACUAUUGAAAUUGAAAACAACAAAAAGGUAUGCUUUUAGCCUCCAGUGCUUUGGAAAGCGCAGUACACAUCAAACUGAUUUUUAGAUAUAUUUUGCAAGUCUGGUUGAGCUAUAAGAAGAUAUUUAUGGUGAGAACUUUUCCUUUUUUUCUUGUCAUUUUUUUCUAUGCUUUGGUCUGUAAAAAGUAUGCAACUGAACUACAUUAAGAAGGAAAUAUUAUCUACAUAGAAUUAUUAUAUGAAGCUGGUACAUAAUUCUAACGAGGAAAAAAAAUCUUCGUAAUCUUUUAAGCUGUUUUUUUUUUUAAUUUCGUUUUCCUUGGAUGAAAAUAUCAGUAUUAAGCAGCCAGUGUAUUAUUCAAGUGUUUAGACUUAUUAAUAUGCUCUUGUCUUGUAUUUAUACAUUUGUGUAUUUUGGAAGUAUUGCCUCUCUAAGGGACGUUAACAAUGGACAACAUGGCAAAAAGGGAAUAGCCAUCCUGUGUCUCUUCCACCAAGGAUGACAGGUGGCAUUGACUCUUCCCCUGCAUCCUUGUACUAUUGCCUUGUUAUUACAGGUUUGUUAAUUUUUAGGGGAAGGGCAGGAAAUGGACAAGGGAAGAGGACACAUCGGACGAACAGAUCCUUUGGUCUGUGAGCCCAGUGACCUUGUCAGCAAGACCCAAGGAGGUACAAGAACCCCCGAGGCAGGCUUCCUCCUUGUCCCAGUCCUGCCUGGAAGCCCCAAGCUCUUUGAACUCGGAUCUGUCCACUAAGCCCUCACACCUGCCUUCUAGUGCUAAUGGACUUGAAUUUACCUUAAAGUCUAAUCCAACCUCACUACAUUGUAGCCAGUGCAACAGCUAAUACUGAAAUAAGGGGUCUUUGCAGCCAUCUUCUGCGAAGUGGCAAUAAGGCUUGUCCUUUGCUCUUAUGGCCAACUUCCCUUCAACCCUGUGUGGUGAUCCUGUCCAUGUCUGUGUCUGUUUGUGUGUGUGCAUUCAGCUAAAAAGACAAACAGAACCCGUGAGCCCGCCUAGAGGGUGCAUGGAGAAAGUUCCUGACUUCCCUGAAAGGGCCGGCCUCGGGGUGGCAUUCCGUUGUGUGCCUUAUUCCUGGAGACUAUAUAAAGCUUGCCUAUGAAAAUAUAGCCUUUCAGUGCUGUAUUAAAAGGACUUUGGAAAGA